GGAGGGAAUCAGUAAGCAGCCUAGCUAUUCGGAUGCUCUUAAAGGCAUUCGGGUGGCUGUACUGCCCUGUGAUUACCCUGCUGCUGCCCUAAGCCCUGAGGACCUGACCAAACUCCAGGACGCCAUCAUGGAUGAGGUCCUUAAAGGGUGGAAGCACGCACUGGUCUUUUGUGGGGUAUUUUUCAGGUCAGGUAUGCUCCUUGUGGACUGCAAGGAUGAGCGGACCGCAGCAUGGCUGGUGGAUAAGGCACCAAACAUUGAGGGAUGGGAGGGGCCCGCGUUAUGUACCAAGAGGGGGGAUGAUAUCCCGCCGGUGCAUAAUAUCUCGGUGUUCUUCCCAAGAUGCGCCGAUAAAUCGGCGGAGUACGUGCUGGGGCUCAUCAAGGCCCAGAAUGAGGACAUCCACACUGCUGCGUGGAAGGUGGUUUCAUGCGGCGCCGAAGAUAACGGUCUCAGGCUCAACCUGGGGAUCGAUGAGGCGUCGUAUGUCAGCAUCAAGAGGGCCGUAUUCACAAUCAACUUCCGUUAUAGUUAUGUUACGGUGCGGCCAUGGCGGCAUAAGACGACAGGCAGCAAGGAGUCAGAGUCUCAAGACAUGCAAGUCGACGAGGCUACUGACUCCACUGCUGCCCCAGCGAACGAGUCGACCACGGCCCCACUGGAAGAUCAGCUACCGGAAUUAGCACAGGCACCAGCUCUUGUGAGUGCUCCCGGGCCAAGUGCCACUGACUACGUGCGCACCACACAGGAGCUCCUAGCGGACAUAGGCAGGCUCGAACUCGACAGAGAGGGCGAGGGUGAGGCACGGCUCUCGAACAUCGAGGACGAGCCCCAACUAUGAGCCCAACAGCGCUAACAGUAGCCCAGGUCAACUUGCAUCAUGCGGUGGCCGCCUCGGCGAUCAUUGCAAGCAGGUUUGCCACGGAGGACCUGGGAAUCCUACUGAUACAGGAACCGUGGACCUACAGAGGCCAGGUGAGGGGCCUCAAUCAUAACAACAAUAAGAAUUUCUUACACAGGAUCUGGGCGCGGUCCAAGCUACCUUAAGGGUCAACGGGAAGGAACUGGAGGUGGUCUUAGCUGCAGCCUACUUUCCGGGGGAUAACGCCAACGUGCCGCCUCUUGAGGUACAGCAGCUGCUGGAAUUUUGCCGCAGGAAACGACUUCCGGCGAUUCUCGGCUGCGAUGCGAAAGCCCACAAUAUAGAGUGGGGCAGCUCGGACAUAAACCGUAGGGGUGAGUGCUUAUUAGAAUAUAUUAU